AUGGUGGGUGUUCUGCUUAGAGAUUUGAAGUUUGGAGAUGAUGGUGUUCUGCUUCACAUUGAUUUGGGUUGCAGGAAAGUAGCGAUUAGGUGGCUUUGCACUUUCUUGAUUGUAAACAAUUGCCCUGACCUUGAGGAUGUUUCGUAUCUGAAGCAAGUGUUUGAGGGAGUUCAGUGCCUUCUUGAUGAUGAACUGGUCUCUGGUGGCCAUGAUAUUAGUUAUGGUGGACUUCUGGUCUAUGCCGUUAAGAUGGCAUUUGCUGGGAAUUGUGGCAUUAAUUUGGAUGAAAGAUUCAAGGACCACAACCCAAUUACUUAUCUUUAUUUUGUUAGAGCUUUUGGGGUUUCUAUGGUUGUUAAAGCAGCAAAAAGUACACUAGAUUACUAA